AUGACUUUAAAAGGAAUAAUUAAAUCCAAAGAGACCGGGACAUGUGUUAAAUGUUCCACAAUUAAAUCUAUCGAUGUUGCAAAGAACUGGUAUUAUGUUUCUUGCAAAUGUAACAACAAGGUUCAGGAAUAUGGGGAAGACUCUAAUGAUCUGGAUGCAAAAUAUCUAUACAACUGUGAAAUAUGUCGUUACGUUGAAGAUGUUAUUACAAAAUACUACUUGGUUUUACGUGUCUCCGAUGAAUCAGAAGCCGAAGCAAAAUUUUUGUUUUUCAACGAAGUGGCUUCUAAACUUCUCAAGAAACACUCUACUAAACUUACUAUGGAAGUUCUUCAUUUUAUUACACAAUAA